AUGGCUUCUACAAAAGCUGGUCGGAUAGGGGAAGAGGUAUGGAAAGGCCGAGUAGAUAAAGUUAACGCGGAGCUGGUGACUCUCACAUAUGGUACUAUCGUGGCCCAAUUAUGCAAAGACUACGAGAGCGAUUACGUGGAGGUCAACAAGCAACUCGACAAGAUGGGCUACAACAUCGGUUUGCGGCUGAUCGAGGAUUUUCUCGCAAAGUCGAAUACUAUGAGGAGGUGUUCAAAUUUCAGGGAGACGGCAGAAAUGAUUGCGAAGGUUGGAUUCAAGAUCUUCCUCAAUAUCACACCGACUAUCACAAACUGGACCACCGACAGCAAACAAUUUUCGCUGAUAUUCGAAGAGAAUCCCUUGGCGGAUUUUGUUGAACUGCCUGAUGAUGGAAGGGCACAGGACGAGCUGUGGUAUUCCAACAUCUUCUGCGGGGUUCUAAGAGGCGCUUUAGAAAUGGUACAGAUGCAGGUUGAGGCGCACUUCAUUAGCGAUGUAUUAAGAGGAAAUGACGCCACUGAGAUGAGGAUAUCAUUGAUUCGGUAUAUUGAUGAUGAGAUGCCGGCUGAUGAUGAAUAG